AUGUUUAAGUUUGUUUUUCUUACCAGCUUGUUGACAUUAGUCAACGCUGGUCUUAUUAGCAACCAAAACGAUCAUGAAGAUCACUUUGAUCAUCAGCCCAAAUACAAGUUUCACUACAAAGUAGAAGACCAUCAUACCGGCGAUAUUAAAUCCCAGGAAGAAUUUCGCAAUGGUGAUCAUGUUAAGGGUACUUAUUCUCUUGUAGAACCCGAUGGUUCUAAGCGCACAGUUGAAUACGGCGCUGAUAAACACAGUGGUUUUCAUGCUAUUAUAAAUAAGGAAUAUAGUCAUCUUGAGUCCAAUCAUCAUGAAACUUCAAGCCGUCAUCAUUUAUUAUCGAACCAUCAUGAAGCUUUAAGUCUCAAUCAGUUAUCAAACCAUCAAAAAGCUUCGAGUCAUCAGGAAGACACAAAUUAUUUGCAGAUUAAUCACAACGCAAUUUUCCAGCAAAAACCAAUCAUACAGCACGCUCAAAUUCACCAAGAAGUGCCAAAGAUUCUAACUACUCAUGGUCUUCGUCAUUUUGCCAGCGGCGAUGAACAAUUACAAAAGAAUGUUGAAUUAUCAUCUCACGACUUUGGCAAGCAUAGUUUGUCAUCAUCAUAUUUAGAACAAGGACAUUCUGGGCUUCAAAAUCUUAUAGAAAUCAAACAACAACAUAGUCUUGGUCAUUCUAAAAUAAACAUUGAGCAGUAUCAGGGCUUGCAAGAAUACGGGCACCAUGAAGGUAAAUCCCAUAGAUCAGAAAUUAAGAUUGAGCACGACCACCCUAUUAAACAUAAUAAACCUUAUUUUGAAAAUCAAGAAUCUCACCGCGGACACUCACAAAUCAAGUUCGAACAAUACCAUGAACCAAUACAGCACCACGAGAUCAAAGUUAAUCAACGUAAACCUCUUAAGAUUGAGAGCCAACAUUAUGGGUCACUUGGACAUGAUCGCUCUGAACUAAACUUCGAUCAAUAUCACAGCUCGCAACAUGGACACUAUGGAGGUGAGAUUCAUACAUCUGAACAAUUGGAACAUCGGCAAAUUGAACACGGAAUCGAAUAUCAAGGACUCGAGCAGCAACAUCAAAUUAAACUUAAACACCAACCAAUUCAGCAUCAAGAAAUCAAAUUGGAACAUCACCAGCCUCUUAAAAUUGGGAGUGAUAAUCAUAAACAUAGUCACUCGGAAAUAAACUUCGAACAAUAUCAUGGAUCACAGGAACACGACAGAGACGAGAUCCACAAAUCGGCCAUUAAAAUUGAGCAUGUUCUGCCUAUCAAACACGAGGAACAUAGUUAUGAACAUCAAGAACUCCAUCACGGACAACGAGAGGUAAAAAUAGAACCUUAUCACAAACCAAUCCACCAAUACAAGCAUAAUUUAGAAUAUCUCCAACCAAUCCAGUAUCAGGGAAUUACACAAGUACCAAUCCAUCAUCAAAAAAUUAGCCAUCUUGAACCAAUUCACCAUGAAAUAAGAAUUGAAAAUCACGACUCCUCUAAAAUUGGGAACCAUCAUCAUCAUCAUGAGCAACAAGGCCACGGUCACUCCGAAAUAGGCAUUGUGCAACACCAUAGAUGGGGACAUAGUCAUGGUGAUGGACAGACUGAUGGUGAAAUCCAAAAAUCUCAAAUUAGAAUUGAGCACAUUCAGCCCAUUAAACAUCAUGAAGAGCACCAUCAUGAAAAUCACAAUGUUGGACACUCAGAAAUCAAUUUUGAACUACACAAUGAACCUUUAUUGGAGCACCAUAAGAUUGAACACAAAAAUGCAGGAGCUGACCUCGACAUUGAAAAGCACCAAAUAAUUAAGCAAAAUCAAGAUAUCGAACAAGCCAUUCAACAUCAUAAUUUUCAGCAGAAUUCAAAUGAAGGUUACAAAUAUGAAAAGCCGGCUAUUAAGUUCGAAUAUCCCACCCAUCAAGAUUCAAACGAGGGUUAUAAAUACGAGAAGCCAGUUAUUAAGUUUGAAUUUCCAUAA